AUGGCUGCACGCAAGCUGCAAAGUAGGUCGACGAUACAGCUAACCGCGACAGCCGAGAUCGAUCGGACGUUCAAAAAGGUGGCGGAGGGCGUCGAACUCUUCGAGGGCCUAUACGACAAAUUACAGACCUCACCGAAUCCAGGGCACAAGGAGAAGUUAGAGUCGGACCUCAAGACUCAGAUCAAGAAGCUGCAGCGCCUGCGCGAUCAGAUCAAGACAUGGCUCCAGAGCAGCGACAUCAAGGACAAGAAGCCACUGUUGGACCAUCGGCGGCUCAUUGAGACGCAAAUGGAAAAGUUCAAGGCCGCAGAAAAGGAGAUGAAGACCAAAGCCUUCUCCAAAGAGGGCCUCAUCGCCGCUGCGAAGCUGGGCCCGGAGGAGAAGGCGAAGCUCGAAAUGUCCAAUUGGCUCACAUCGAUGGUCGACGAGCUGUCGCGGCAGAUUGAAGCCGCCGAGGCGGAGAUCGAGCAAAUGAUGGCCACGUCGAAGAAGAGCAAAAAGUCGACGUCCAAAGAGGACCGCGCCGGCACGCUCGAGCACCAGAACGAGCGCCGACAAUGGCACAUAUCCCGUCUGGAGAUCCUGCUCCGGAUGCUGGAGAACGGCUCUCUCGAGGUCGACCAGAUCAACGACAUAAAGGAGGACAUCUCUUACUUUGUCGAGAGCAAUGCCGAGGAAGAUUUCGAGGAGGACGAGGGCAUCUAUGACGAAUUCAACCUGGACGAGGAGGAAGAAGCAUUCGGUCUCCGGGAUGCCGAGGAAGAGAAGAUCGAGUCCCCGCCGACGCCGCCUCCCGCGCCGGCGCCUGAAGAGCCCGUGGCGAAGGCGGCUGCGAAGGAGACAAAGAAGGACGAAGUGCCACCGCCAAAAGCCAAGGACGAGAAGGAGAAGAAGGCGAAGAAGGCGGCCACCACGGCCUCCGGGAAGCUGCAGCCGACGUCGCUGCCCGUCCCACCACCCGCGCACAAGACCCCUGCGCCUGCAGCGACACUCCCGCCGAUCCGAUACGCGGCCGCUGCCGCUGCGGCGGUGGCCACCACGCCGGCGGCAGGCGCGCCCAGCCCGUCCACGGCGGUGCCUGUGCCUGCGUCGGAGACCGCGGCCGAUACAUCGGCAACAGACGUGCCUGUCGAGGCGGAGGGCGACGUAAGUGCGGCGAGCGCCGACGCGAGUGGUGCGGCACCUGCGCGGAGCGAUGCGCGGCUGCCCGACACGCUUUCUGACCUGGUGACGUCGUUUGAAUGGGCGAAACAAAAGGCGCUCCUGCGCGACUCGAACCUGUCCCAUGUACAGCGCUCGCUGGACGCGAGCUACGCGGGUGGCGCGCCGGAGCCUGUGGACUCGGAGAGCCCGAAGCACUAUGUGCCGAAGGACCCGUUCCCGACGCCGAGCUACUACCCGCAGUCGCCUGCGAGCCUCUUUGAUAAUCCGGCGCUCUACGCCAAGUUUGACGUGGACACACUAUUUUACAUCUUCUACUACCAGCAGGGCACGUACCACCAAUACCUGGCUGCCCGUGAGUUGAAGAAGCAGUCGUGGCGCUUCCACAAGCAAUACCUCACGUGGUUCCAGCGGCAUUCGGAGCCGCAGGCCAUCACGGACGAGUACGAGCAGGGCGCGUACGUGUACUUUGACUGGGAAGGCUCGUGGUGCCAGCGGCGAAAGAACGACUUCCGCUUCGAGUACCGUUGGCUGGAGGACAACUAG